UUCCACAGAAGGGCUCGGUGGCCAUUUUGGAAGAGACUUGUGAGACAAAGGAAGGCAGCGCUGUCGUUCGUUAGACGUUUUAUUGAAGUUUUGGAAUUUGUAUUGAGGUCGCACAGGACCUUAAAUCAUUAUGAAGCAGGGGAAAAGUGAAAAUCGCUCUUCGGCUGGUAGAGAUCUCAGUUGGGAGGACAGAACUGUCAGCCGAAAGCGACAUAGGCGAGAUUCGCAUAGCAGCGAAAGAGAAAACAAAUAUCGGAAGUAUCGCCAUCACCGCAGGAGCACCGAUGGGCAUUACCUGGAGACCCGGAGCCUGAACGAGAGGUUGGAGUUGAGGGUCAAAGCAGUCGACAUGGGGCAUGACAAGGAGAGCUGUGUGAGCAUAUCAAAGGACCAUGAGAAGAACCGUGUACGUCAGAGAGACCAUGACCGGGACUGGCACCAUUACAGCAAAUCAUCCGGAUACAGUGGGCGGAGCCGGCAGAGCAGUCGCCGUGGGCGGAGACGCAGCCGGAGCCGCUCUCACCACCGCUGCUCCCACUCGAGGAGCCAUCGCAGGAAAAGAUCCAGAAGUGUUGAGGAUGAUGAGGAGGGGCACCUGAUCUAUCACAGUGGAGACAUGCUGAGGGCGAGAUAUGAGAUUGUGUGUACGUUAGGAGAGGGCGCUUUUGGAAAAGUGGUUGAAUGCAUUGAUCACUCAAACCGAGGUACUCGUGUUGCGCUGAAGAUUAUUAAAAAUAUUGAGCGUUAUCGCGAGGCAGCCAUGUCUGAAGUUGAGGUUCUGGAGCAGAUGAACUCUCUUGACUGUGACAGAAAAUAUGCUUGUGUUCGUAUGCUGGACUGGUUUGAUCACCAUGGCCAUGUGUGUAUUGCCUUCGAGCUGCUUGGGUUGAGCACAUUUGACUUCCUCAAAGAAAACAACUUCCAGCCUUUUCCUUUGGUUCAAAUCAGGCAUAUGUCCUACCAGAUCAUUAGAGCAGUCAGAUUCUUGCACAAGAACAAGUUGACGCACACAGACCUGAAGCCAGAGAACAUACUCUUCAUCAGUUCAGAGUAUGACCUUGAGUACAAUUCAAAAAUGAAACGUGAUGAGAGGACUGUGAGGAAACCAGACAUAAAGGUGGUUGAUUUUGGGAAUGCCACAUAUGAGCAUGAGCACCACACCACUGUUGUGUCCACACGUCAUUACCGGGCCCCUGAAGUUAUUUUAGAACUUGGCUGGGAUCAUUCAUGUGAUGUCUGGAGUCUGGGGUGCAUUCUUAUUGAAUAUUACCUUGGAAGUACCCUUUUCCAGACACAUGAUAGUAAAGAACAUUUAGCUAUGAUGGAAAGAGUCCUAGGACCUCUGCCCACCCAUAUGCUUCAGAAAACAAGGAAGCGGAGAUAUGUUCAUCAUGACAGACUGGACUGGGAUGUGCAGUCCUCGUCAGGAAGAUACGUUAGGAAGCACUGCAGACCUCUCCGUCAAUACAUGAACUCCAGAAGCCUGGAACAUGAGCAGCUGUUUGACCUCAUUGAGAAGAUGUUGGAGUAUGACAAAACGAAGCGAAUCACUUUGGAUGAAGCUAUCAAACACCCUUUCUUUGACUGUUUCAUGAAGGGCAAAAAAUAGUUGGAACUAUAAGGGGGCCCAGAUUUUUUGUUUACUCUCCAGGAGAGGCUGCAUUCUAGUGACUGCAUCAGUCCAGCAUAAUACUGUUUCUAAUUUACUGUGAUCUGUAACUUAUUUGUGACUUGUACUUUAUUUUAUAUGGUCAAGACUCAUUUGUAACUUUAAAUUGGCAGGGCUGUAGGCUGUGGGUUUAAGGUUAUAUUUUUUUCCAUAAUUGUUGACUAUAAUUUUUCAGUAUUAAUUGUGUAUUAGUAAUUGAACAUGAUAGUAGAUCUGUAUUUGUAAGUACAACUAGUGAUAUUUUUCCCCUUGCAAUAAAAUCAUGCUAGGCAUUUU